AUGACUAUUUCAAAACAAAUUGUUGAAGUGUUACAAAGGCAGAAGGAAUCACAGGCCUUUAUGCAUGCAUUCUUACACCCAGAGACCGGCCUCAACCUUGUUGAGCUCUGCAGCCCUGGGUGUGAAGAUCAAUUGGGAGAGAGACAGAGAGAGAGAGAGAGAGAGAGAGAGAGAGAGAGAGAGAGAGAGAAUGAACAUGAAAAAGAAAGAGAGAGAGAAAGAGAGAAGGGAGGGAGGGAGGAAGGAAAGAAGGAAGGAAGGAAGGAGAGAAAGAAAGAAAGAAAGAAAGAAAGAAAGAAAGAAAGAAAGAAAGAAAGAAAGAAAGAAAGAGAAGGAAGGAAAGAAAGAAAGAAAGAGAGAGAAAGAAAGAGAGAGAGAAAGAAGGAAAGAAGAAAAGAAAGAGAGAAAGAAAGAAAGAAAGAA